UAGUUGUGGAUGUUGUUAUGUUUUUUAUUGUUUUUCUUCCAACACGAUUCUAGCCCAAUUUAUAGUGUAAAAAUAAAACGAAAGCGUUGCCUAAUCGCGAAAUUGUUUACAAAAUUCAAGAGUAUAAUAGUGUUCUCGUCCGUUCACAUAACUGUGACGGUGACGGUGACAGUAACUGUGCCAGUGCAUUUUUGUGUUUUAAAUUUCCAUUCAACAAGAGAAUCAACAUUAUUUCCAGUGGCUGAUUAGCAAGAACAAAAGAUCCCCAAGGAUAUCAGGCGGCAUAUCAAUGUCGUGCAAAAGAAAAUAUUUGUGACAGCGAGUGAGAGACAUCAGAGAGAGAUAGACAGAGAGAGAAACAGAGCAAGAGAGUGCUCGCAUCCAAAGAUCAUCCCAAAAAAAAAAAAACAAAAAGGAAAACAAUCCCACAAAUGGCAUCGCCACCACCUGGCGACUGCAUUGAGGAGAAGGAGCAUGUGAAACAGCAGCCAGCGGCGGGACAGCCGGCAGAGGAGAAGCCUGAUCCCGCCUACCUGGAGGACACCUUCGAAUGCGCCUUCGAGUCGACGAUGGAGGGCCUGGAGGAGCAGGACGGCUACGAGUCCGACUCCGAGCCAGAUUCGGCUGCAUCUUCAGGCAGUUUGCAGACGCAUCUGCAGCCGCAGACAGAGCGGGAGUCGCGGGGUCUGGUGCCCCACGGACCCCAUAUCGAUGCCCAGAUGCUCAAGUGCCUGCCGCGAUCCAAUUCCUUCGAUUUCCAAAGCAGCAGCAGCGACGACGAGGAGGAGCAGGACGACGAUGACGAUGUGGAUGAAGUGCAUCUCAGUUUGAGCCUGAGCCUCAGCGGCAAGUUCGGCAAGGAUCUGUACGCCAUGAAUCCGCGUCCGGGCUACCUCCUGCCGCCCUUCACCGAAAGGCGGCGGCUCUCCCAAUGCAAGGAAGAGGAUGAUGAGGAUGGAGAUGGGGAGAAAUCUCUUCAGACAGGUGGCACGGACGCUUCCAAAGCCGAGAGAGCCUCCAAAGCGCCGCCACGUCCGCCCACGCCCCAGGACGAGGCCUCCAAAGAGCGGUUCAAGGAUCUGGAGCGGCUAAGGCAACAGUUUAUGCACAAAAUCGACAGAAUCAACACGCGGAACAUCGAGGAGAAUGCGGCGCCACCACCACCGCCUCCACCGCCACCCCCGAUACCAGCGACCAUUCUCCCCAAGGCUCUGAAGGAGCUGCUGCACACAGAGGAGCCGGCUGCCCCUCUGCCCCCAAAGGAAAUCCCUCCGCCAGUGGACAGGGAGAAGCCACCCACCUCGCCGUUGCCUCUGCCCUCAGAGCCGCCGCUCAUCAUAAAUGGCAAAUUCAAGGUGUCUCUGGCCCAGGAGACGCCUCCGGAACUGCGUGUGGAGGCGCAGCAAUUGGCGAAACUGCGUGCCUCCUCCAAUGCGCACACCAUCAGCUUUCCCUCCAGCUUCGGGGGCUACUCCUCGGUCCAAGGACUGUUCUCGCAGCGCUACGGCUCGCACAAGUUUCCCCCGUCAGCCACGCCACAUCUCUCCAAGCAGUUCUUCGAGCCAUCGCUGGUGGAGAUCCGCACCAGUAAUGUGGCUCUGAAUACAGCCGGACUCCCAAACCAAAGCCUCCAUUGUGAUACCCAAAGCUUAGCCAUUAAGCCUCUGCAGGCGCCUCCGCCUAGGACGCCCAGCGAGCGAGAGCUGGACGACAUCUGGAUACGACGUACGACGCCACCCGCUGCCACGUACGGGGCAAAACCUGCGGGGCCGAGACCUGUGUCCCUGGGAGGGGCAUCCACGAUGCCACGUUUGCAGAGGAGCGCGAGCAGUGCCUCCACAUCGAGUCCACCGCGACCGCUGCAGGCCUCGGGAUCGGUCUCGGGUUCCGUUUCGGAUGAAGAGCAGGAUGGCUCGGCCGCUGGAAGCCGUCCGCCAGGAUCUCGGCCUUCAAGCGCACCCGCAGAACCCAAUGCAAAGGCGGCGAAAAAGGCCUACAAAAAGAUGGAAAAGGAGCAGCGCCGCCAAGAGAAGGAGCAAUCCCGCAGGGAGAAGGAGGCCCGCAAAAUGGAGCGCGAGACAGCGCGACGGAUCGAGCGGGAGGCCGCCAAGUUGGAGAAAUUUAAUCGCCACAGCGAAAAGAUCUCACGCAGCACCGAGCGCAUGUCGGGAGUCGGUGGAGGCUCGCGUUCCGGUUCCCUGGAGCGGAGGCGCAGCGGCGAGGACUCGCCGGUGCUCAAUCAGUCUACAGUCCAUGGCAUCGCGUCGCCCAAUCGUCGGCCCACGAUCUUCGAUGUGUUCCGGCCGCGCGCCAAGUCGGAUGCCAAGCGGCAGAAGGAGAAGCAUCUGCUGGAUCCCUCCUCGGCGGACAGCAGUGCCGGCAGCAGCACGUACUCCGUGUCCGGCGGACCAACACCUGUCUCCGGCGCCGCUGCCACUGCAGCAGGUGGGGCAGGUGCGGCAACGGGAGUGGCGGGAGCUGGAGCUGGGGGUGCCGGGGCAGGCCUUAUGAACUCGAUGAAGGUGGCAAUGCAGAACUUUGGCCACCGCCAGCAUCCCGCCGUGACGAUAACCAAUGCCGAUGGCACAGUGUCUGCGAAAAGCAAGUACAAAGAUGGCAGCGCCCAUCCGCAUCAGGGUAGCGACGCGCAGUAUUACCACACGGUGACGGCAGUGCGUCCGAAUGCAACGCAACGCUCGCCUAUGACCAAGGUGAUGGAUCUGUUCCGGCAUCGCUCCAAUUCGGCCGUCAGCGAAGCGGACAAACGUAAAGCGCGCGUUGCGGCGCAUCAACAACAAUUGGCUGUACAAAGUGCUCAUAUGCGUCGCGCGUCUGCGGAUCUGGAGAAACGACGCGCCUCUGUGGGGGCUGCCGGUCGAGGAUUACGCGGCGAUGGCACACUGGACCCAUACCAUGCGGCUAUACUGUUCAGAGAUUCCAGAGGGCUGCCUGUAGCUGAUCCGUUCCUAGAGAAGUGCAAUCUAUCUGAUUUUGAAGAGGACGACUCACAGAUCUUUGUCAAGUUCUUCCGCUUCCACAAGUGUUACGAUCUGAUACCCACAUCCGCCAAGCUCGUGGUCUUUGACACACAGCUGCUCGUGAAGAAAGCCUUCUAUGCACUCGUCUACAACGGCGUGAGGGCGGCACCGCUCUGGGAUUCGGAGAAGCAGCAGUUUGUGGGUAUGCUGACCAUCACGGACUUUAUCAAGAUCCUGCAAAUGUAUUACAAGUCGCCCAACGCCUCCAUGGAGCAGCUCGAAGAGCACAAACUGGACACGUGGCGGAGUGUGCUGCACAAUCAGGUGAUGCCGUUGGUCAGCAUCGGACCGGAUGCCUCCCUCUACGAUGCCAUCAAAAUUCUCAUCCACAGCCGCAUUCACCGCCUGCCCGUGAUCGAUCCGGCGACCGGCAAUGUCCUCUACAUCCUGACACACAAACGCAUACUGAGGUUCCUCUUCCUAUAUAUUAACGAACUACCAAAGCCCGCGUACAUGCAAAAGAGUCUGCGCGAACUGAAGAUCGGAACGUACAGCAACAUCGAGACCGCCGACGAGACCACGAGCAUCAUUACAGCGCUCAAGAAGUUUGUGGAGCGACGCGUCUCGGCGCUGCCCCUGGUGGAUGCCGAGGGUCGUCUGGUUGAUAUUUAUGCAAAGUUUGAUGUGAUUAAUCUCGCUGCUGAGAAAACCUACAACGAUCUCGAUGUAUCGCUGCGCAAGGCCAACGAGCAUCGCAACGAGUGGUUUGAGGGCGUUCAAAAGUGCAAUCUGGACGAAGCGCUCUACACCAUAAUGGAACGCAUUGUGCGGGCGGAGGUGCAUCGCCUGGUGGUAGUCGAUGAGCACCGCAAGGUUAUUGGCAUCAUCUCGCUAUCAGACAUCUUGCUCUACCUGGUUCUGCGGCCAAGUGGCGAGGGCGUCGGCGGAUCCGAGAGCUCACUGCGUGCCUCCGAUCCCGUCCUUCUGCGCAAGGUGGCCGAAGUGGAGAUCCCUGCACCAAUUUCAGCGACAACGCCCCCGCCUCGCAGUCCUUCGGCAGGGUCCGGCAAUCGCAGCCUGAUCGAGGACAUACCCGAGGAGGAGCCGGCGCCGCCCCAGACGCCAGCAAAGACCGACGAUGCGGAGGCGGAUGCCGAUGCCGACAGUGAUAACAACAAGUCCGCCAGUGAGGAUAAGGCCAACAACAACCAGAACCAGAGCCAGCACGAGAGGGGAAGAACGACGGGGGCGCCGACGGCCAAUGGUGAUAGCAGCAAUAACAGUCCAGCCGAAGUGUCCUUUGCCGAUGAGGCGCACGAAGAAACAGAAGCCACUGACCAGGUCGAGCGCAGCAAUUGUGAUGAUGAAAACCCCGAUGAGGAUGACGACGAGGAUGAGAACGACGACGACGAUGACGUGGAGGUGGUGGAGCGCAAAAAGGCAACCGCUGCGGCGGACCACAAAGCGGACACAGAAGAGGAGGACGAUGGCCUGAGCAGCGCCGUGUCCGCCGCGUCGGCUCUGGGCCAAUCCUUGGCCACGCCCGCGGCGCGAGAGAUGGCGCUGGUUAGUGAAUAAAACUAUAAUUUAAACAAAAGAAAACCAAGAAAGAGAAAACUAUAUUUGAAUAUUACUAGCUAUUAAGGAUAUGAUAUAUUAUUACUAAAGGGAAACCAACAACAAUCGCAAAACAAAAAAUGUUAACAGAAAGAAUGUUUAUAUAUACACACAAGAAAACCAACAACAAAUUACAUUAGAAUGUCUUUAAAUUUUAAACUAUGUAUUUGAUUAUUAUAUAAUAGUACAGUACAAGUCAAA